GUUUCACUGAGACAAGUAGUGGCGGCAAACUCCAUUAUUAUCGUUGUCACUUUCAUCCAAAUUCCAAAACCCAGACAAGGCUUAAAGGUAUUAGGGUUUUCUUUCUCCAUUAUUAUCGUUGCCACUGCCAGACUUAUUCCUUCAUUCCUCUCACACUCUCUUCUCCUCCUCCUCCACCACCCGCGUUUUGGGAAACCAGAAGAGAGCACCCUCGUUUCUCCUCCACCCACGUCAAGAAACACGAAGGCAGAGUGCAGGCCAUUCACGGCGUCUCCUUUCUCCUCCACCGUGACAUCCACCACGUCGCUGGCAGGGGCAGCAGCGAGAGAACGCAGCGCCACCAUCGGACUGCGAUUGACGGACGAUUCCGACCGCCACGACCACCACGAACACAGCAGUGUCUUGAUGACUUGCAGUGUCAUCUAUAAGGAUGUUUGAUUUAGGAGCCAGUUGGUGCCACCACUUUAUGCACCAUAACAUUUACCUUUUAGGGUUUUUUCAAUGAGAUAAACUUAGACCCAAUAAUUACAAGUUAUACCUUUUUCUUCAACUCAAGUGAAGAAUUUCAAUGGAGAACGGAGACAUCCCUGAAAAUGCCAAUGAGCAUUGCCCAGGCCCUCAGUCUGAAUCUGCCGGAAAAUCUGAUGCAUGUGAAGGGUGCCCAAAUCAGCAAAUUUGUGCAACUGCCCCCAAAGGACCUGACCCUGAUCUGGUUCCCAUUGCAGAAAGAAUGGCUACUGUGAAACACAAGAUAUUGGUCUUGUCAGGAAAGGGAGGAGUUGGUAAGAGCACGUUCUCUGCCCAGCUGGCAUUUGCUUUAGCAGCAAGGGAUUUUCAAGUAGGUCUUCUUGAUGUUGAUAUUUGUGGUCCAAGCAUCCCAAAGAUGCUUGGCCUAGAAGGUCAAGAGAUACACCAGAGCAACCUUGGUUGGUCUCCUGUGUAUGUGGAGUCCAACCUUGGGGUCAUGUCAAUUGGGUUCAUGCUUCCCAACCCUGAUGAAGCUGUUAUAUGGAGAGGCCCACGCAAAAAUGGACUUAUCAAGCAGUUUCUAAAAGAUGUCUACUGGGGUGAACUUGAUUUCCUAAUCGUGGAUGCUCCACCAGGAACCUCAGAUGAGCACAUUUCCAUUGUUCAAUGCCUUGAUCCCACUGGAGUAGAUGGUGCAAUCAUAGUGACCACACCUCAACAAGUCUCUCUAAUUGAUGUGAGAAAAGAAGUGAAUUUUUGCAAGAAAGUUGGCGUGAAAGUUCUUGGGGUUGUAGAGAAUAUGAGUAGUCUGUGCCAGCCCAUCACAGAUUUCAAGUUUUUGAGAAUGUCUGAUAAUGGGGAGCAGAAAGAUGUUACACAAUGGGUUUGGGAAUAUAUGAAAGAAAAAGCACCAGAGAUGCUGAAUUUGAUUGCUUGCACUGAAGUAUUUGAUAGCAGGGGUGGCGGAGCAGUGAAAAUGUGCAAUGAAAUGGGUGUACCCUUUCUUGGUAAAGUUCCUUUAGAUCCACAACUUUGUAAGGUAGCUGAAGAAGGUACAUCCUGCUUUACUAAUAAAGAUUGUGUUGUUAGUGCUCCGGCAUUAAAGAAGAUUAUAGAGGAGUUGAUUGAAAAUAAUGGGUGGUCACUGUUAUUGAGUAAUGGAGCUUAGGAGAUUUUGAUUUAUGGUGAUCUUUGUAAAUCAAAAUAUGAUUUGUGUUUGAGACGUUUUGGUAUGUGAAGUAUCGGUUUUCUAGGCUCGGAUGUAGUUACAAAUUAUGUUACAAUGAAAUAAGUUCUCACGUUUUAUGUGCUCGAAUUCCGUAUGCAA